CGCGACGUUUCGACUUCCGAGUUGGCGGCGGCGACUGCGGAGACAUAAGAAUCACUCCGCCACGCGCCGUGUGCGGUCUGCCUGACUACUGGCCCCGCAGCCGCAGCGAACGCAUGGAGACGCGCCGGAUCUUUGAGGUCAAGGCGCUGCGCGCCCAGCGGCUAAACAUCUCAAAACGACCCAAAUCCGCGCACAUUUCGCAUCGCGGCGAACUCGUCCUCGGUCUAUCCCCGCGGGCAAACCGAGUGAGCUAUGGCGUGAGCGACUCGCCGACCAAGUACCAAGCAGAGUCCCGACAUCGCGUCGUUCAGCGGUACUGCGUCUUGGAUCACACGACUGCCCCACCCCGCGUGGACAACGACGUAUCGCCAAAUCCAACGCCGGAAGGAUUCAAAAGCAAAAUCGUUCGAGCAGGAAACCUACUUCCUCGACAGCCAACGGUCAAAUCCAUCCGCCAGCCGUCCUUGCAUCCGUCAGCCGCCCCGCCAACAACCGCCUCUGGACCCUCACCAGACUCGCCGAUCGCCACGAUGGCAACUAGUUCCAGUGUACAGAAUGACGACGCAGUGAGCCACAACGAAACACAUCAUGAAGGAGAUUCCUCCACUUUCUCGGUGCCAUCCCCACCGCACAUUACAGCGUGGACAGAGGCGAAACCACCCAGACCCAAAGACUCGAAAGCAAUCGAUGACGCAGUCACCACAACAACACACGACUCCACCGACGCGGGUGCAUCUCCUUCCAAAAUCUCGACAUCCACGCCAUCGACAACACCCGUCGUCGUUGCUCCGACUGCUGCUCUGUGUUUAUCAGCUUACCAAGCCCGAAAACAAGCCGAGGAGUCUGCCCGACUCCUCGCCAAUCGUCUCAGCUUCCUUCACAUGGAGAAAUCUCGUGCCGAGCAAGAAGCGGAGCGACUGCAAGUGGAGUUUUACCGUGAAAAGGAAGCCAAACUCGCGUUCGAACGACAGAGGCAGGAGCGAGCGGCCCGCGCCGACCAAGAGCGCCAGCGCGUCGCAGCCAAGCACUCAAAGGCCCUGGCUCUACAAUCGCAGAAUCGAUCGAAUGUACAACAACAGGCGCUCAACGUGGCCCAGCAAAAGCGGCAGGCGGCCGUUCGAGUGAGGCAGCAGCAAAAGGAGCUCGAAGAGGACAAGAAGGCGCGGGAAGCCACCAUGAUGCAGGAGAAACUACGAGCCAAGAACAGCGUGGUUUGCCAUCAUGAACGCAGCAAGCGCCAGCGCGAGCUGCGGGAGCGACAUCACAAAGAGCGACUGGAACGCGCGCAAGCCGAGCGUCUGCGGAAAGAACUCGAGGGGGAAAAAAUGGCCAAGCACUUGGUCGCCAAGAUGCAAGCGCAGGAACACACACUCAAAACAAUGCUCGAGUUCCAGGAACACCAGCAUCGCAUCGACAUGCAGCGCUGCUUCGACAUGGAGACGUAUGCUGUUCCCGACCAACUAACUCCGUCGUCGUAGCUGGCCAUGCCGUCCGUGGUCGCCCUAUUUAAAUGCCAAACCAACACACAUCGCUGAGUCUCGA